UCCCCUCUGGAUGCAAGCACCAACUUUGAUUUCCCCAUUGUGACAUCCUGUACUCGCUGUCAAGAGAGACGAUGGCGGGAGGAUCACAGAGUUCCGAGAAAGUGAAGCUUCUUGUAGCUGUUCUUGCACUCCAAUUCAGCUAUGCAGGGUUCCAUAUAGUUUCCAGAACCGCACUCAACAUGGGGAUCAGCAAGCUUGUCUUCCCAGUUUAUAGGAAUGUCAUUGCUUUGGUUUUGUUGGCCCCCUUUGCAUAUUUUCUAGAGAAGAAAGACAGGCCACCUCUUACCUUAUCCUUGCUGUGUCAGUUCUUUCUUCUGGCAUUAUGUGGGAUAACUGCUAACCAAGGAUUCUAUCUCUUGGGUUUAUAUUAUUUGUCUCCAACCUAUGCUUCUGCCAUCCAGAACUCAGUUCCAGCAAUAACAUUUGCCAUGGCUGCAGCUCUUAGGCUUGAGCAAAUCAAUGUCAACAGUAGAUAUGGUGUGGCAAAGGUGGUCGGAACUGUUGCCAGUAUAGGAGGUGCCACCAUCAUUACUCUCUACAAGGGCCCUCCUCUUCUGAAUCACCAACAACAUAGCAAACUAUUCCUCGGUGCCUCAUCGAACACAAUACUGAAUUGGACAUUGGGUUGUGUAUACAUCCUUGGGAAUUGCCUUGCAUGGUCAGGUUGGAUGGUGCUUCAGGUUCCUUUGCUCAAGAAGUACCCUGCCAGGCUCUCAAUUACUACAAUUACCUGCUUCUUUGGGCUAAUCCAAUUCCUCAUAAUAGCAGCCUUCGCAGAGAAGGACAUUGAGAGGUGGAAAGUCCACUCCGGAGGGGAGCUCUUCACGAUCCUCUAUGCUGGUCUUGUGGCAUCAGGAGUCUCUUUCUCUCUCCAGAUUUGGUGCAUUGAUAGGGGAGGUCCCCUUUUUGUUGCUGUUUUCCAACCAGUGCAGACAGUGGUUGUGGCCAUCAUGGCAGCUGUUAUACUUGGUGACCAGUUGUACUCAGGAGGGAUUAUUGGAUCCAUUCUGAUUGUGCUUGGCCUCUACUUUGUCCUCUGGGGGAAAAGUGAGGAGAAGAAACCUACAAAGGAGGCACUGGAGAAUAAUGACCUUAGAAGGCUUCUCCUUGACCAAGAGAACUUGCAUAAAGAAAACGCUGCAGUCACUGACAUCCCAUGAGAGUGGCCCAUUCUGUGUGUCCUGAAAGUAUAAUGGAGUUGGUGUGGGCAGUCAUAGGUUCCAAAAGCCACUGUAAGCUUCACAAGUUCUUCCUGUUCAAGUCUUGUGGGAAGUCAUAGAUUCCUAUAGGCACUGUAAGCUUCACAAGCUCUUCCAGUCUUGUCCAACUUGUACAUGGCAGUAUGGGUUCUGAUCCAGUGGGGAUAAUGCCCAACCAACUACUUUGAAAUGAAGGUGUGACUCACAUCUUGAUUGAUGUUGAACUCUUUUGGCUCCUGCUGUUGGAGUGUUGUAGUCAAGAGGCCAUGGCAUGAAGUAUGUGACAGAAAGCUGGUUACUUGUAGGUGCCUCACAUGCAAAUGAUACUUCUGUCCCUCAAAUAACA